AUGCAUACUAUCGAGGUACAGCUAUCCCCAGUUGUCGAGAACGAAAAUCCAGAACAUGAAUCUCCUACAACGGAACAAGAAGAGCCCGAGGUUGAUCACGAUUCUGAGCCACCCAGGCGUGCCCGCGGGAGACCCAGAAUUCGGCGAACUGGUUCGAGGGGAAGACCUAGAAAGAUAUACAGGUACAGGACACCCCCGAGAGGUUCAGCACUCUCUUCUGAAGAGCUAUCCCCAGUUGUCGAGAACGAAAAUCCAGAACAUGAAACUCCUACAACGGAACAAGAAGAGCCCGAGGUUGAUCACGAUUCUGAGCCACCCAGGCGUGCCCGCGGGAGACCCAGAAUUCGGCGAACUGGUUCGAGGGGAAGACCUAGAAAGAUAUAUAGGUACAGGACACCCCCGAGAGGUUCAGCACUCUCUUCUGAAGAGGUAUUACUGUCCGAGGUCCCGAUGCAUCAGGCAGUCAGAGGCGAGGACGCUGACGAAUGGCACAAGGCGAUGGCAGACGAAGUGGCAUCUAUCUUGAAAAAUGGUACUUGGGAAUUAAUCGACCGACCAUGUAACCAGCACAUCGUUGGAAGCCGUAUUGUCCUGAGAAACAAGUACAAGCCUGAUGGAACUAUCGAAAGGAGGAAGGCAAGACUAGUCGCUCGGGGAUUUAGCCAAAAGCCCGGAACACAUUUCAACGAGACUUUUGCCCCUGUAGCAAGGCUUAGCUCCAUAAGACUUGUAUCUGCCCUAGCAGCACAUUUAAAUAUGGACAUGCAGCAACUGGAUGUUACCUGCGCAUACUUAAAUGGAAGUCUAGAUGAGACGAUUUACAUGGAAACCCCCGAAUAUUUGGAUGAAUCAUUGAAGAUUAUUUGUGAUAACUCCAAAUACAACGAGGCUACCAGAAAGAAGGCUCGAGAUACCUUGAACACACUGGGAAAAGGUGAUAAAGUAUGUCUACUUAGGAAGUCACUAUACGGCCUGAAGCAAGCCGGUCGGAGCUGGUAUCAGAAACUAAGCCAGACACUUAGUGAAUGCGGUGCAAAUCCAACUAAGUCCGACCCAUGUGUAUUCACUAGUAAAACAGGGGAAGACAUCAUGAUAAUUGUCACUUAUGUAGACGAUCUGAUUAUCGCAUCACGUGACAAAAAGGCAAUAUCGUCCCUAAAAGCCAAAUUAUCUGAAAGAUUUGAAAUGAAAGAUCUGGGAUCAGUUAAUCAUUGCCUAGGGAUGGAAUUUUCACUCAAGGAAAACAAGAUAAGUCUAAGCCAGAGAGCAUAUAUCUUGGAAAUACUAGAUCGAUUCAACAUGGCGGAUGCGAACACUGUAAGCACUCCACUUGAUCCAGGAACGAAGUUAAGGAAACCGACGGAGAGCCCAUCUAGUGAAGAGCUGAAGUUACCUUAUAGGGAGCUUAUAGGUGCGCUAACCUAUCUAUCGUUGGGAACGAGACCCGAUAUUAGCUUUGCCGUAAGCUACUUAGGACAGUUCAACAACUGUUACACUAAGGAACACUGGACAGCCGCAAAGCGAGUACUUAGGUAUCUGAAGGGCACCAUCGAUCACUCGAUAGUAUACCAACGAGAAGACAUGAAUCUGAGAGGAUUCGUUGAUGCUGAAUGGGCAAACUGCCCUGACGAUAGGCAUUCGUAUACCGGAUUCUCAUUCAUCCUAUCAGGCGGACCCGUAUCGUGGGAAUCGAAGAAGCAAGCCACAGUGGCAUUGUCUACCACCGAGGCGGAAUAUAUGGGUACCACCGAAGCUGCCAAGGAAGCAAUCUACUUGGGCAAGUUCAUGACCGAACUUGGGUUCGAAAGACUCGCUAACGUAACCCUGUAUAGCGACAAUAUGAGUGCUAUAAAAUUGGCCGAGAACCCAAGAUAUCAUUCCAGAAGUAAGCACAUCGACAUACGUUACCAUUUUGUGCGGGAGGCCUUGGAACAGAAGAAGUUUAAGUUGAAGCAUACACCAUCUUCUGAAAUGGCCGCAGACGUAUUGACGAAGGGGUUGUCGAGGACAAAACAUCGGAAGUGCAUGGAACUUUUGGGAUUACAGACGACGGACCAGAGCCUGUAUGUGUCUGCUACGUCUCGAGGGGAAGUGUUGGAACGCGUACUAGCGUCACCCCGCCGCGCCGCUACUGGCGAGACGACCAGACAGGUUGCCUAA